GAUAAAACCACCUGAUCAAGGACAAGGAAGGCACAGCGGAGCGCAGAGUGAAAGCUCCCAGCCGCGAGGCGCCGGGCAGCACCCCUGCAGCGGCGGAUGGCGCGGCCCGGCCCGGCCAUGCCUGCGCUCUGGCUCAGCUGCUGCCUCUGCUUCUCGCUCCUCCUGCCUGCAGCCCGGGCCAACUCCAGGACGCCAGUCUGUGAUUGCAACGGGAAGUCCAGGCAAUGCAUCUUCGAUCAGGAACUUCACAGACUGACAGGAAAUGGAUUCCGCUGCCUCCACUGCAGUGACAACACGGGUGGCAUUCAUUGCGAGAGGUGCAAGGAAGGAUUUUACCGACAGAGAGAGAGAGACCGCUGUUUACCCUGCAAUUGUAACUCCAAAGGUUCUCUUAGCCCUCGAUGUGACAACGCUGGACAUUGCAGCUGUAAGCCAGGUGUGACAGGAGAGAGGUGUGACCGCUGUCUGCCAGGCUUCCACACCCUCACUGAUGCUGGGUGCACCCAAGACCAGAGGCUCCUAGACCCGAAGUGUGACUGUGAUCCAGCUGGCAUCUCGGGGUCCUGUGACGCGGGCCACUGUGUCUGCAAGCCAGCUGUCACCGGAGAGCGCUGUGAUAGGUGCCGACCGGGUUACUAUCACCUGGAUGCGGGAAACCCUGAGGGCUGUACCCAGUGUUUUUGCUACGGGCAUUCGGCCAGCUGCCGAAGCUCUGGAGACUACAGUGUCCAUAAAAUCACCUCGACCUUCCAUCAAGAUGUUGAUGGCUGGAAGGCUGUCCAAAGAAAUGGGUCUCCUGCAAAACUCCAAUGGUCACAGCACCAUAGAGACGUGUUUAGCUCAGCACGACGGUCAGACCCUGUCUAUUUCAUAGCUCCUGCCAAAUUUCUUGGGAAUCAGCAGGUGAGCUAUGGGCAAAGCCUGUCUUUUGACUACCGUGUGGACAGGGGAGGCAGACACCCAUCUGCCCACGACGUGAUCCUGGAAGGUGCUGGUCUACGGAUCGCAGCUCCCUUGAUGCCACUUGGCAAGACACUGCCUUGUGGCAUCACCAAGACUUACACAUUCAGAUUAAAUGAACAUUCAAGCAGUAACUGGAGCCCCCAGCUGAGUUACUUUGAGUAUCGGAGGUUACUGAGGAACCUCACAGCCCUGAGGAUCCGAGCUACCUAUGGAGAAUACAGUACUGGGUACCUCGACAACGUGACCCUGAUCUCAGCCCGCCCUGUCUCUGGAGCGCCAGCACCCUGGGUUGAACAGUGUGUGUGUCCUGUUGGGUACAAGGGACAGUUCUGCCAGGAAUGUGCUUCUGGCUAUAAAAGAGAUUCAGCCAGACUGGGACCUUUUGGCACCUGUAUUCCAUGUAACUGCCAAGGGGGAGGGACCUGUGAUCCAGACACAGGAGAUUGUUAUUCAGGAGACGAAAACCCUGACAUUGAGUGUGCCGACUGCCCCAUUGGUUUCUACAACGACCCGCAAGAUCCCCGCAGCUGCAAGCCCUGCCCCUGUCACAAUGGGUUCAGCUGCUCGGUGAUGCCUGAGACAGAGGAGGUGGUGUGCAAUAACUGCCCCCAAGGCGUCACUGGUGCCCGCUGCGAGCUCUGUGCUGAUGGCUACUUUGGGGACCCCUUCGGGGAACAUGGCCCAGUGAGGCCUUGUCAGCCCUGUCAGUGCAACAACAAUGUGGACCCCAGUGCCUCAGGGAACUGUGACCGUCUGACAGGCAGGUGUCUGAAGUGCCUCUACAACACAGCCGGUACCCACUGCGACCAGUGCAAAGCAGGCUACUUUGGGGACCCCUUGGCUCCCAACCCAGCAGACAAGUGUCGAGCUUGCAACUGCAACCCAAUGGGCUCGGAGCCUGUGGAGUGUAGAAGUGAUGGCACCUGUGUUUGCAAGCCAGGAUUUGGCGGCCUCAACUGUGAGCAUGCAGCGUUCACCAGCUGUCCCGCUUGCUAUAAUCAAGUGAAGACUCAGAUGGAUCCAUUUAUGCAGCAGCUUCAGAGCCUGGAGACCCUGAUUUCAAAGGCUGAGGGUGGCGGUGGAGCAGUACCCAACACAGAGCUGGAGGGCAGGAUGCAGCAGGCUGAGCAGGCCCUUUGGGACAUUCUGAGAGAAGCCCAGAUUUCAGAAGGUGCUAUUAGAUCCCUCAAUCUCCAGUUGGCCAAGGCCAGGAGCCAAGAGAAUAGCUACCGGAACCGCCUGGAUGACCUCAAGAUGACCAUGGAAAGAGUUCGGUCCCUGGGCAGCCAGCAUCAGAACCGAGUUCAGGAUACUCACAGGCUCAUCACUCAGCUGCGCCUGAGCCUGGAGGAAAGCGAAGCUGCCCUGCGAAACACCAACAUUCCUCCCUCAGAGCACUAUGUGGGGCCGAAUGGCUUUAAAAGUCUAGCUCAGGAGGCCACGAGAUUGGCAGACAGCCAUGUUGAGUCAGCUAAUAACAUGGAGCAACUGGCCAGGGAAACCGAGGAAUACUCCAAGCAAGCCCUAUUCUUGGCGCGCAAGGCUCUGAGUGAAGGAGGCGGAAGCGGCACCCUGGACGGCGCCGUGGUGCAAGGGCUUGUGGGAAAAUUGGAGAAAACCAAGUCUCUGGCCCAGCAGUUGUCAAGGGAGGCCACUCAAACUGACAUUGAAGCAGAUAGGUCUUAUCAGCAUAGCCUUCGCCUUCUCAGUUCAGCUUCUCAGCUUCAGGGGGUCAAUGAUCAGUCCUUUCAGGCAGAAGAAGCAAAGAGGAUCAGACAGAAAGCUGACUCUCUCUCAAGCCUGGUGACUAAGCGUGUGGAUGAGUUCAAGCGUGUGCAAAGCAAUCUGGGAAACUGGGAAGAAGAAACCCGAAAGCUCUUACAGAAUGGGAAGAAUGGGCAACAGAAAUCAGAUCAGCUGCUUUCCCGUGCCAACUUUGCUAAAAGCAGAGCCCAAGAAGCCCUAAGUAUGGGCAAUGCCACUUUUUAUGAAGUUGAGAACAUCUUAAAGAACCUCAGAGAGUUUGACCUGCAGGUUGAAGACAGAAAAGCAGAAGCUGAAGAGGCCAUGAAGAGACUCUCUUACAUCAGCCAGAAGGUUGCAGAUGCCAGCGACAAGACCAAGCAAGCAGAAACAGCCCUGGGCGGUGCUUCUGCUGACACCCAGAGGGCAAAGAACGCAGCCAGGGAAGCCCUGGAGAUCACCAGCAAGAUAGACCAGGAGAUCGGGAGUCUGAACUUGGAGGCCAACGUGACAGCAGAUGGAGCCUUGGCCAUGGAGAAGGGACUGGCCACGCUCAAGAGUGAGAUGAGAGCAGUGGAAGGAGAGCUGGCAAGGAAGGAGCGGGAGUUCGACAUGGACAUGGACACGGUGCAGGCGGUAAUUAGUGAAGCCCAAAGAGUUGAUAACAGAGCCAAGAAUGCUGGAGUUACGAUCCAGGACACACUCGACACGUUGGACGGCAUCCUACACCUAAUAGACCAGCCUGGCAGUGUGGAUGAAGAGGGGCUGACCUUAUUGGAGCAGAAGCUUUUCCGAGCCAAGGCCCAGAUCAACAGCCAGCUGCGGCCGUUGAUGUUGGAGCUGGAAGAGAGGGCGAAUCGGCAGAGGGGCCACCUCCAUUCGCUAGAGACAAGCAUAGAUGGGAUUCUGGCUGAUGUGAAGAACCUGGAGAACAUUAGGGACAACCUGCCUCCAGGCUGCUACAAUACCCAGGCUCUUGAGCAACACUGAAGCUGCCUUCGAGAUUUCUCAACUGCAACUCUGGGGCUGGAGACCUCAGGGUCAGGAGCCAUCUCAUGUGGGUGGGGUGGGAUGGGGACAUUUGAACAUGUUGAAUGGGCGUGCUCAGGUCCACUGAACCUGGUCCCAUCCUUGAGACCUUGGCCAGAUAAACGUCUCAUUGUACCAGUGUGAUACUCUUUGCAGGGCAGUGAGGCAAAUAACAUUGGGUAUGAGACUUAUCAAGGGCCUGGACCCCAAAGGGUAGACUGGGUGCAAGGACAAGCCGCAGGGGCAGAUGUUUGUCUCACAAUAGUCAUAAACCGAAUCCUAGCGUGUGGACGAGUGCUGCUGGGUUGUAGGCAGCUUAUCCUUUGAGUAAUGUGGCCAAAGGAAAAUUUUGUGACUUUGCCCACGCCUAAAAUUCUUCCUCACAUCAGAACAGAGAGUGAACUCCAGUCAUGCUGUGGUCAGUAAAAUACUGUUGCCUCAUAGUGUCCGAUGUGUUCUUGUUGACGAGACUUGCUCCCACUUACCGCCCGGUCCAUACACACAUACUCCACUUUCAAGCCGGAAGAAGUGAGCAGUGAUGGAGUGAGGAGCUGUAAGCCUGGCCCAUCUGGAGCACUGGCACCCUGCCGCCUUCGAGUUCUUAUGGGCCUGGAAGUGACCUCCUUUCCCCUAAUGAUGGCAGGCAACUUAGAGACUACAUUUUUAUGAAAGCAUUUCCCACCAGCCAAGCAAACAUUGGGAACGUAUUUACUUUGGGGUUUCAAAGUGAUUGAAAAAUGUAGCUUGGGCACUGAAAGAAGUGCAAUUAUCCAGAAGAUUUAUUAGUCCUAAUUCAAUGCCAUUUUUCAAACACUAAAAAUUAUAUGCCUCUAUGUGUUUUGUUCUCACUGUCUUUUCCAAUAGCAGACAAUGUUCCUACUCAUCGAGCUGGGUAGAGUCCAUCUUCCCAUCCUUCCUUCCUUCCAUCCAUCCAUCCAUCCUUACAACAUAUAUUUAUUGUACCUAUUGUGUGCCAGGGGCUGAGGUACAGUGGUGACAUAGUCUCUGUCCUCAUAGAGUUGAUUGAAUAGUGAGGAAGACGAACCUUGAAAAAAAUUUAAACUUACAAAUCCCGUUCAUUACAAGUGACAUUUAUUGCAAUAACCCCUCGGUUUGCAAUCUCUUUUCUCAACAGGACAUGUGUAGCAAGACAUUCCUAUGGGGGCACUUAGAAUUUGGUAAAUAGCUGAAAUGGUUCUGGGUUUUGCACAUUUCUUUGCAUUUCAGCUGUCCCUCUGCCCCUUUCCGCAACUGAUUGCAACAGACUGUUGAGUCAUAUCACCAGUGGGAAUUUCUGGAAAAACCAGAGGCACUUCCAACCUCGUCUCAGAAGACUUUGGUACUGCCUCACCUCUGUAUUUCGCUGGCUUUUCAUGGACAUGUUUUUAAAUAAAGAACAAUUCUUAGAUGCUUGUGGCCAGUUUCUAAUUUGUUAAAUGCUAAGCUUAAGGUGUAGGUACCAAAGCAAUGGAAACAAAGGAUGCUUCAGAAAGAGCAAUGCACCCUAGAAUUAGCAUCU